AACUGCCUCCGUGUUGUUCGCAUGAGGCUCUUCUCACCGGAUGGACCAACCGAUGAACUUUAACAUCAUGAACUCAGCCAGAAAACGGCGCGGAUCAGGGUCUGAGCUGCAGCUGCCUGAACAUCUACACAGUGUUUGAAUGUGCAUGUUAGAAACUAGCUGAAGAUGCAGGGGGCCAUUGCACGAGUGUGUGUGGUGGUGGCCGCUGCCAUAUUAAACCACCCCUUGCUCUUUCCUCAAGAAAACACCACGCUCCCCGAGCAGGACGAGGAGCUGAUGGCUCGCAUGCGGGAGCACGAGGAGAGGCUGGAAAUGGAGCAGGCCAGGCUGGAAGAAGAGCUUUCACAGAUGGACUCAAAGCAGGAGGAAAGCAGCUCGGAGGAUGGUUACAGUUGGUACUUUUGGAGCACCUUGUCUUUUGUGAUAUUCUUCACUAUCGAGAUGUGCAGGGUAGAUUUUGCCGAAUCAGAAAUCCGACCAGUUGAGGAUGAAGACGUAUUCUCGGAGAGUGGAUCCAUCACUCCCAGGAUGAUGGUACUAGACAAGGAUAUCCUGAGCAACUUCUGUGACAAAUGCACCUACGCUGCAGCCCAUGAGAACUGGAGGGUGAGGGAGUUUGUGGAGGGUUUUGCAGACGACCUGCUGGAGUCGCUCAGGAGCGUGUGUGACAGGGAGGUGGACAUGGAAGUCGGGGACUUUGUCGGGAUCGGAAGCAUGUUUGAGUCGUGGAAGGUGUGCAAGCCUCUGAUGUGUGACCUUGUAGUGCCUUUCUCGCCUCCAGAUCCGCACUCCUUCCAGUACCAUCUGUGGUGCAGCCCGUCCAGUGACAUACCUCCAGACAUGCAGGGCUGCGGCAAGAUAAAGGUGACCAGGUUUGGGGAGAACGAGGAGGGCUGCCUCUGCGGCUCCGCUAACCUGGGAGAGGACAUGCUCUGUCUGUUGCACAGCAGGAAUGACGCACUCAAAGCUGGCCACAGUCCUGAUGAACUGCUCUGCUCCAGGAACACACAUUUCUUAGCCAAAGAUCAAGUCAUGAAGUGGUUUCAGAUCUCUGUCACCAAAGCGUGGGGACGCAUCUCCCACAAGUACGACUUUGAGGUCACCUUUCGCAACCUGGAUGCCGCCGGCGCUCUGAAGAUCCGAUUCCGUUCGGGGAAAGUCAUCGUCAUGAACAUCAUCCCGGUGGUUCAGCUGGAGGAUACAGAUGCUUAUUUCGUCUCACACUUUCCAUCAGAUUGUGACAGCUACCCCGACCCAUACUGGCCUCUUUCUUUCGCCGUCUACGAGAGGAAUUUGCUGAAACAUUUGGCUAAACGCCUACCACAGAAUUCCUGUCAUUUACACUGCCUCCAGAUUGUUACUUUCCUGCACAGAAAGCAGUCAGGGCUCACGGGGAAAAGCGCCCUCACUAACUACCACCUAAAAACCGCUCUGUUGCACUUGCUGCUGAGUAAAAGGCCCUCUGCGUGGGGCGUCGAGAGCAUGGAGCACCGGCUUCAGGAUGUGCUCGGCUUCUUGCAGAGGAGCCUGCAGGAGAAGAGACUGAACCACGUUCUGAUCGGGAACAGUAAGGUGCCCAAAGACGUCCGGGUUCCUGAGAUGAUUCGCAAAGCGGAGUCCAUCAAUCUGUUCAGGUCUCUGGUGUUGCAGAGGGAACUUUACACGGCAACAGUCAGGCAUUUUCAGGAGAUGUUGAGAAAUGCACCAGUGCUCAUACAGGAGUACACACCUCACUUGUCAAAUGGAGGUUUACACCACAGUCUAGAUGAAAGUUUAUGAGCUCUGGUUAUUCUCAGCAUCAGAAUUAUGUCUCUAAAUAUCAGUCAGUGUCACCAGAAGUAAUGUUGUGGCUGAUAUCUCACAUAGACAUGCAGCGGCUUCGCUUCAGCUGCUUUCUUCACCUCAGAGAAGCUAACCAGGGUUUUGCUGAGCAGCGUUUUCAGUCUUUUGUAACAUCUAGUGCCAAAAUAAUGAUUGAUGGGUAGAGGUAUUUUUGAAAAUCACUCACCAGGACUGUUUUUCAGAUUAAGUCACAUUUCUUGUUCUUUGAGUAUAACUAGGAAGAGAAAUGUCCACCUGCUGCUGAAAGGAGCAGCAACCUACAUGAAAGAUGAUAGUUAUAGAAAUGCAUUUUAACAGAAAUACCUCUGCUGGUCCAAACAAGGAUCAUCAACCAAACAGUACAGCAGUGUCUUGUUUUUCAGUCAUACUGCUAUGGCAGCUAUUAAGAGUUGUGAUGGUCAUUUCUUUAUUGCAGCUUUUUUCUUCAUUUUUCCUGUGAUAUUUCUACUGUACUGAUGUAAAAUGUUAUAUAGCCAGGGGGGAAAACAUAAUGUGUAUUUUUAUGCAUUUGUACAACAAACAGAAAAUACAGAUUCAGGCCAGA